AUGUCAGAAUCAGCUACAGACAAGACCCAGCUCAAUGCUUAUGAGCAGCAUUACUUUUCCUCAUACGAUCAUUUCGGUAUCCAUGAAGAAAUGUUGAAGGAUACUUCGCGAACACUCAGUUACAGAAACGCCAUGUAUCGUAACAAAGAUGCUUUUAAAGGAAAAGUUGUAUUGGAUGUCGGAUGUGGUACAGGUAUUCUUUCCAUGUUUGCUGUGAAAGCUGGAGCAAAACACGUUUAUGCAGUGGACAUGUCGUCAAUUAUUGGAAGAGCAAAAGAAAUUGUGGAAUUGAAUGGUUUUAGUGACAAGAUCACUUUGUUGCAAGGAAAGUUGGAAGACAUCAAAUUGCCAGUGGAUUCCGUCGAUAUAAUCAUUUCAGAAUGGAUGGGAUAUUUCUUGCUCUACGAGUCAAUGUUGGACACUGUGUUGUAUGCUAGAGACAGGUAUCUUGUUCCAGGUGGAUUAAUCUUACCCGACAAAUGCCAGAUGUAUAUCGCUGGUAUCGAAGAUGGACAAUACAAGGAGGAAAAAAUACACUAUUGGGAAGACGUUUACGGAUUCGACUAUUCGCCGUUUAUCAAAACUGCAAUGGAAGAGCCAUUGGUCGAUACUGUGAACAACCAAGCAUUGGUCACAAAGAGUUUUAAAUUUUUCGAAUUUGACAUCAACACAGUGAAAAAAGAGGAGUUGUCCUUUUCAAAAACCUUUGAAUUGGAAGCUUUGGCUAAUGAACAGUGCCAUGCAUAUAUUGUUUACUGGGAUGCCAUUUUCCCCGGAAAGGAAAAAGUCAUUUUGCCAACUGGACCUAUGAAUCAAUACACUCACUGGAAACAAACUGUAUUCUAUAUGGACCAAGUAUUGGAUUUGAAAACUGGCGACAAAAUUAAAGGUUCAAUCACUGCAAAGCCAAGUACCGUUAACCCUAGAGAAUAUGACAUUGACCUUGAGUGGGACUUGAAGACCGCAGAAAACGACGCUAGCAGGGAACAAAAAGGGCAAUACAAGUACUUUCUUCGUUAA